GACUCAACCUGCAGGAGUGAAGACCCCGAGGGAGGGAGGGAGGGAGGGUCUGCUCAGAGGAGGCUUCGGGCUCCAACCAGGAUCCUUGCGGUGUCCGGAUGGAACCCACAGCCUCUGGUACAUUAGCCAGUGCUGCCGGUGAGCCACACUGAAGCCCCUGGACCUCCAUUCUGAGAAAACCUGUUAGAGACUCUCCUGGUGCAAGUGUGAGGCUGGGGUCGAUGCACUAAGACCAAGAUGUGAAGGUGGUAGUUUCACCGCAGUGGCAGAACUCUGAAGAUCUGGUUCUUAGCUCUUGGAGGGAUGAUCCUGGGCAUUUUUUGUUCCCUUGGAGACAGAGUCUUGCUAUGGUUCAGGCUGGUCUUGAACUCACUAUGUACCCCAGGCUGGCCUCGAACUUGUGGUGAUCCUCCCAUCUCAGCCUCCAGAGUGCUAGGAUUACAGGGAGUGUUGGAAUUACAGGCAAGAACCACUGUGGCUGAUCCUGGGCAAUUUUAUCAACCUCUUUGCCUUAAGAAGUAGAAGUUUUCUAACAGCCCCCCCUUCUGGUUCCAACCAAAUAUAACAACGUAAUAAUAAACGCACAGUCCUAGCUCAUAGUGGGCACAAAGUGAAUGGAUCUGUCCCGCCCGCCUCCCCUGGGGGCAGGCGGCAGGUCUAGGACAGGGGCUGCGUCCGUUAAUUCCUCCCCUGCCAGGUCAGCCCAGGCAGCCCCAGAGGUCAGGAGGGAUUUGUAAAGAUAAGCACAGGCCCCUCGUCGCCCUGGCAACAGGCCCCGCCCCUCCAGCCUGGCCGGGGACAGCCCCGCCCCUGCGCGCCUUCUCCCUACUGUGAGCCGGCCUGGCCUCCCGGGCUCCCCCAGAUACGCUGAGGACCAGGGUUCCAGCCCCUCGGUGCGCAAAGAAUCCCCGGGAACAGGUGCAAUGGCUCCGGACCGAUAGGUCUCGAGUGGGCUCCGGGUCACUCUGGAAAGCCCUGACCGGGGACUCUGGAGCAGCGAGAACUCGAUUCUGAUUCCAGCCCUCCUCGGGCUGUGGGACCAGGAAGUGGCUUCUUCCCCGAGUUUCACGUUUCUCUGAGGAUGGACUGCUCUGGGCCUGGGAGGACCCCAAGCGGCCAGGACCCCAGGGAGGGCAGACUGCAAGGAGAGCCCCCUCCCCACCUGGCGCUGUGUCCCAGACCAGUCCCUGAUGCCCUCACUAGGAGGGCUUGGAACUGGGGCCCAGUUCCAGGCUGGUGUGGGGGCCCCUUGGGCCACGCAGGUACCGUGCCUUCCGAGAGCCUGAGUGGGCAGACCUCAGACCCAUGUGCCUCAGAGCCGUGUGCUCCAGGGACCAAGUGUCAGACUAUGGAGAGCAGCGGCUACACCUGUGGGCCCGAGGAGCCCCAGGGCUGUGCCACCCAGCCCUGCCACCACGGUGCUCUGUGUGUACCCCAGGAUCCAGAUCCUAAUAGCUUCCGCUGCUACUGUGUGCCUGGUUUCCAGGGUCCCCACUGUGAGCUGGACAUUGAUGAGUGUGCGUCCCGGCCCUGCCAGCACGGGGCCACCUGCCACAACCUGGCUGAUCGCUUCGAGUGCCGCUGCCCCCUCGGCUAUGCAGGCGUGACCUGCGAGGCCGAGGUAGACGAGUGCGCGUCAGCGCCCUGCCUGCACGGGGGCUCGUGCCUGGACGGCGUGGGCUCCUACCGCUGCGUGUGCGCGCCAGGCUACGGGGGCGGCAGCUGCCAGCUGGACCUCGACGAGUGCCAGAGCCAGCCGUGCACACACGGGGGCGUGUGCCACGACCAGGUCAACGGGUUCCGGUGCGACUGCGCGGACACGGGCUACGAAGGCGCGCGCUGCGAGCAGGAGGUGCUGGAGUGCGCGUCAGCGCCCUGCGCACACAACGCCACCUGCCUGGAGGGCCUCGGGAGUUUCCGUUGUCUUUGCUGGCCAGGCUUUAGCGGCGAGUGGUGCGAGGUGGAUGAGGACGAGUGUGAGGCGCGCCCCUGCCACAACGGCGGCCUCUGCCUGCAGCGCUCCAACCCGGCUCUGUACGGGGGCGCCCAGGCCACCCUGCCUGGCGCUUUCAGCUUCCGUCAUGCCGCCGGCUUCCUGUGCCGCUGCCCUGCGGGCUUUGAGGGGGACGACUGCAGCGUGGAUGUGGAUGAGUGUGCCUCGGGGCCAUGCCUCAACGGUGGCCGCUGCCAGGACCUGCCCAGUGGCUUCCAGUGCCAUUGCCCGGAUGGCUACACAGGGCUCAAAUGUGAGGAAGAUGUGAGCGAAUGCUUGUCGGAGCCCUGCCUCCACGGCGGGACCUGCGACGACACCGUGGCUGGCUACACCUGCUGGUGCCCCGAGACCUGGGGUGGACAUGACUGCUCUGUGCAGCUCACUGGGUGCCAGGGCCACACCUGCCCCCUGGCUGCCACCUGCAUCCCCAUCUUCGAGUCUGGGCUCCACACUUACACCUGUCGCUGCCUGCCUGGUACCCAUGGGCCUGACUGCGGCCAGAAUACCACCUUCUCUGUGAUGGCCAGGACCCCCGUGUGGGCAUCAGUGCCUACUGGUGGCUCCCUGGGCCUGGCACUAAGGUUUCGCACCACGCUGCCUGCUGGGGCCCUGGCCACUCGCACUGAUACCCAGGACACCUUGGAACUGGCACUGGUGGAGGGCACACUUCAAGCCACACUGUGGAGUCAUGGUGCCACCGAGCUUGUCCUGAGACUGCCGGGCCUGGCCCUAAAUGACGGCCACUGGCACCAGGUGGAGGUGGCACUCCGCCUCGGGACCCUGGAGCUGCGGCUCUGGCAUGAGGGUUGCCCUGCUCAGCUCUGUGUGGCCUCUGGUCCUGUGGCCCCAGGUCCUACAGCUUUGAUGGCCCCUGGGACUUCCGGGCCCCACUCUGCCCAGCUGGGUGGCUCAGCCUUCGCUGGCUGCCUCCAGGAUGUGCUGGUCGAUGGGCACCUUCUGCUCCCGGACAACCUCAGUGGUAGUAUUAUCCUGGGCUGCGAACACCGUGAGCAGUGCCAGCCUCCGCCCUGUGCCCACGGAGGGGCCUGUGUGGACCAGUGGACUCACUUCCGCUGUGACUGCCCCCGGCCAUACAGUGGUCCCACGUGCGCCAGUGAGAUUCCCGCUGCCACCUUUGGCUUGGGGGGCGCCCCGAGCUCCACCUCCUUCCUGCUCCAUGAGCUGCCGGGCCCCAACCUCACGGUGUCCUUCCUCCUCCGAACUCGGGAGCCUGCUGGCCUGCUGCUCCAGUUCGCCAAUGACUCAGUGGCUGGCCUGACUGUCUUCCUGAGUGAGGGCCAGAUCCGGGCCGAGGCGCUGGGCAGCCCCAUUUCGGAGCUGCCUGGGCGCUGGGACGACGGGCUCCGCCACCUGGUGACGCUCAGCUUUGGGCCUGAUCAGCUUUGGGAACUGGGGCAGCAGGUGCACGUGGGCGGGACACUCCUCCCUGCCGACAGCCAGCCCUGGGGGGGCCCCUUCCGAGGCUGCCUCCAGGACCUGCGACUCAAUGGCCUCCACCUCCCCUUCUUUCCUCUGCCGGGGGACAACUCCAGCCAGCUUGGUGAGCUGGGCCAGUCCUGGAACCUCGCCCAGGGCUGUGUCUCUGAGGACACGUGCAAUCCCAACCCCUGUCUCAAUGGCGGGACUUGCCUGGUCACCUGGAAUGACUUCCACUGCACCUGUCCUGACAACUUCACAGGGCCUGUGUGUGCCCAGCAGCUCUGGUGUCCCAGCCAACCCUGCCUCCCACCUGCCACCUGUGAGGAGGUACCGGAUGGCUUUGUUUGCGUGGCAGAGGCCACGUUCCGCGAGGGCCCCCCAGUGGCGUUCAUCGGGCACAACGCGUCGUCGGGGCGCUCGCUCAGUGGGCUCUCGCUGGCCUUCCGCACGCGCGACCCCGAGGCCGGGCUGCUGCGCGCCGCUGCGGGCGCCCACGCCGGGCUGUGGCUGGCGGUGCGCAACGGCUCGCUGGCGGCCAGGGUGCGCAGCGGCGGGGACGCAGCCGGCGCCGUGCUGCCCGCGCCCGGGCCCCCCGUGGCCGACGGCGCCUGGCACCGUGUGCGCCUGGCCAUGGAGCGCCCGGCGGCCGCCGCGUCGCGCUGGCUGCUGUGGUUGGACGGCGCAGCAACGCCGGUGGCGCUGCGCGGCCUGGCGGGAGACCUGAGCUUCCUGCAGGGCCCGGGCGCCGCGCUUGUCUUGCUGGCCGAGAACUUCACCGGCUGCUUGGGCCGCGUGGCGCUCGGUGGCCUCCCGUUGGCUCUGGCGCGGCCGCGCCCCGGAGCGCCCCCCGGGUCCCGGGAGCACUUUGGCGCCUGGCCAGGGGCGCCGGCCCCGAGUCUCGGCUGCCGCGGCGCGCCCGUGUGCGCGCCCUCGCCCUGCCUGCACGGCGGCGCCUGUCGAGACCUCUUCGACGCGGUUGCCUGCGCCUGCGGCCCGGGCUGGGAGGGUGCGCGCUGCGAGGCCCGCGCCGACCCGUGUCGCUCCGCGCCCUGUGCCCGCGGCCGGUGUCAUGCGCGCCUGGACGGCCGCUUCGAGUGCCGCUGCCCGCCGGGCUUCGCGGGCGCGCGCUGCAGGUUGCCCAUCCUGCCUGAGGGGUGCAGCCUCAACUUCACCUGCCUCAAUGAUGGCCCCUGCGAGGCUGGGCCUGGAGGUGCCAACUGCAGCUGCCAGGGGGGCUCUGCUGGCCAGAGGUGUCGGAGCCCUGCCUUGCCCUGUGAAGCCAACCCCUGUUUGAAUGGGGGCACCUGCCAGGCAUUGGGUGGGGUGUACGAAUGCACCUGCAGCUCCGGAUUUUCUGGCCAAUUCUGUGAAGUAGUGAAGGGCCUGCCCCUGCCACUGCCAUUCCCGCUGCUGGAGGUGGCUGUGCCUGCGGCCUGUGCCUGCCUCCUCCUCCUGCUCCUGGGCCUGCUCUCAGGGAUUCUGGCUGCCAGGAAGCGUCGCCAGUCAGAAGGGACCUACAGCCCGAGCCAGCAGGAGGUAGCUGGGGCCCGGCUAGAGAUGGACAGUGUCCUCAAGGUGCCACCUGAGGAGAGACUAAUCUAGGUGCCCUGGCUACCAGCGCCACACCCAGAGGUCCUGUAGGAUUUCCAACUGGAGACCCAAGAAGGCCACUUCCAGGACCUGGGAUGCCUUCUGGGAGUGUGCCCAUGGCUGGCAGCCUCUGCUGAUGCCUCAUCAGGGACUGAGGAAAGGGGAACAACUCAGGGAAGUGGAGGGGCACCUUCGAGGUUGGGAGCCUCUCCAUCUGACCCUCCAGGCCACCCUGGCAGGCAUAUGGCUGUGUACGCGGGGGUACACGAGGUGCAGGGAGUGUUGUCAGGAGUGUGUGAAAGUGGGGGCACAUGUCAGUCUGCAGACUCCAGUGUGGGUGUUGUAGUGUGUCUCGUGGGUGUGUCUGCCUCUUGCCGUGUGUAUGUGACUGUGUAGCGGGGCCAGGUGACCCCACGGGGAAAGAGGCUGCUGUGAGAGGAGGAACCCAAGGCUGCUAGUUCUCCAGGAGGUUCAGCCAGGGCUUGCAUGGGCACUGGGGCUUCACUUCUGGCAUCUUCUCCCCCACCAGGGGCAGUCUCUGCCCCAGAGGCUGCUGGGAAAGCAGAGAGGGAGGGCAUUGGAUGGGGUCCUGGCUCCCAGAACAAAAGUGCCUUUAGGCGGAUCUGUCCUGUCAGUGCUAGAGCCAAUCAUACAGGAAAUCCCAGAGCUGCCCACCGAGGCCGUGUCUGUGCUGGGCAGGCCGCAGGAGCACAGGAUGCUGCCCUAAGCUUUCCUCUCUGGCCAUGGGUAUUGGCAGAUGGAGAUGCCCCCUGCCUACCUCACAGGACUGCUGUGAGGAUCAGAGGGCUGACAGCCAGGGAAGGAGACAUGACGUUGUUAAACUUCCGUCUGAUGUGAAGGACCCCAGAGGUGUCCUCUUAGGUACCCGCAAGUGUCAUCUCUGUUGGUCAGAGUGGGAAGGAGCCUUCCUGGGGCCCAGUGGGGAGGACAGAGGGCCCCAAGGAUGAAGGAGACUUGUCCUCUCUGUGCCCACCGCUCACCUGAGCACUUGGUUCUCUAGUGGCUGCUCCUCCCCUGCAGCCUGGUCCUGUGUGGUUGUGGGCUGACCCAGGGAAGGCGCCGAGAAAGAUGCCCUCGGAGCUCAGCGCUGUUGAAGCCAGUCCUGCGAGACCCAGGUGGGGGACUGUGCUGCAUCCCUCUUGAUGUUCAUCACACUGACUUCGGAUCUGAGGGCACCGUCUAGGGGCCAGGCCUCCCUCUGGGUUCACAGAGUCCCUUUGGCCUGGAGAUGGGCCCUUUCGCCUUUAUUUCUCAGGCCAGGGCCUCCUGUGGUGUGGGCUCCAGCACCACGGCCAGGAGACCCUUUACACUGCUAAGCCCUGGCCCCCUCUUCUAGAGGCAUAGCACAGGGGACUCGGUGGGGGGUGGCUCCAGUGGAGGCUGAGGUGGGGGCUAAGAGAUCUGCUUUGUCCUUUUCCCAAGGAGGUAAGGCUGCUCGGGGGAGAGGGGAGAGCAGCUUGGUUCUCUGACUGGCUUAUCAAGUCAGUGAUUUGGCAACUUGUGCCAGCUGCAGGCUCCUGAAAAAGGACAUUUAAUGUGGAACUUCAGCACGAACUGUUUCACUCUGGUGAUGACAACCAUUGUGUGUAACCGGCCCAGAUGUCUCCUUCAAACGCACACCAGUAAGGCCGCAGUCUGAUGAGGCUCUGCCCUGGCCGAUGAGAGACCUGUGGGGGUGACGUCAAGGUGUCCCCUUGAACUUGUGUUUUCCUGGAGUCCAGGUGCCCUGGGCACCAUUGGUAGCCUACAGCUCUGCUCUGUGGUACCAGCAGGGCUUUGUGGAUCUGUCACCACCACACCCACAUCCUGCCUGUGAGAAAGGGGUGGCUGGCUCCGAGCCCAGAGUGAGCACAGGCCUGGGAUGGGCUGGGUGAAUGGUUCCCUGCCUGCCCACAGGAGGGAUGGUAAGAAUGUCUCAGGGGCCAUUCGGACCCUCUCCUGCCCUCAGCUUAAGGACACCAGGAUGCCAGUCAUUUCCCCAAGAAGAUUUUAUUGAAUGCACAGAGUUCAUCCUUGGGUUUGAAAAAUCCUCCCAGUGAGUGAAGAGACAGUGGUGCUCACCAGGACCCAGAGUGCGGGCCACCAGCCCCCAGCACAGCCAGGGAGACUGUGGGGUGUGCCUGCUUUCCGGGCCACCUAGCACCUCAUCUCACCAUCUGUCCCAGACUGGCCUGGAGCCUGCCCAGGACGGUGGUGCGACUGGAGCCCUUGCUGCAACGCCUGAGUCCCGGGAAGGGCCCAUGUGGCUCCCCGGCAGCCAUCGAGGACUGCUGAAUGGGACAGAUUUGUCUUGGGCUACAGCUCACCUGGGAAGGGCUCUGGGCCAGGUGGCCCAGGCUUCAACUCCUGAGCAGCUGCACUGUCCUCCAGCCUCUCAGACACAGAGGGGGCUUCCUGGUGUGCUGGGGACCCCCAGAGACUCCUUUGUCCUACCAAACACCCCUGGGGAGACUGUUGUCUGACCAUUCACA